UUUGGUGCACCGGCCAGCAGCAGAUAAUGUCUAAACUGGAAAAUUCCUGUGAAUCAAAAAGGGCCACGGUGCACCGUGCACCUACCCAGUAAUAGAAAAGCCCACGGCACCUUUCCUGCUUAAGGUUUCGUUCUCGAUGCACUAAUAAAACAUCCAAUCAAAGAAAAAAUGGCAAGCUUCAGAAGGGCUGUGGUUAAUGCCCGCCGUGUCCUCAAUUCAUCCGCCACACCUAAUGGGAGCUCGAUUGUUUCACUCUCCUCUACUCGCAUUAAAUCCCCUUUCAGGUCUCGAUAUGGUUGGUUUGCGCGAUAUUCAACUGUUAAUGAUAAUGAUGCACGAGCUUUAGAUAUUGACCUCUCAAACGAUGAAAGCAAAAGGCGUUUAUUUAACAGAUUAUUGUAUAGAAGCAGACAGAGAGGGUUCUUGGAGCUGGAUUUGGUUCUCGGGAAAUGGGUAGAAGAGCAUAUUCAUUCCAUGGACGAGAAUGGAAUUAAAGCACUUGUUCAUGUCCUCGACUUGGAAAAUCCAGAUCUUUGGAAGUGGUUAACUGGUCAGGAGCAACCUCCUGAGGCAGUCAACAUAAAUCCUGUAUUUUCUGCAGUUCGAGAUAAGAUAAUGAACAACCUAGACAGCCAUGCUUCUCCUGAGACGCGUGCAAUACCUGGACAGCCAUGGGUAAGAGGGUGGGAUGAUAUCAAGAAAAACCCUGGAAGUCCCGUGGGCGGGAAUCAGUAGCUGUCCUAGUUUAAUCUGGAAUGUAUGGUAUGAGGAAGAAUAAGAAAUAAUUUGUCAUAAGAUAUUGUCAUGUUUUUUUUUUCAUAAAGUAUGGCUGUAAUAGGGAACGGAGAGCUGCCGGCUAUAGAGAAGCGAAGAUAUUUAUUUAAUAGCCUUGCACCAUUUGCUAGAGGAAUCUUGUAUUCAGAAAUUGGUGUGGAAUAUAUGCUCUAGUACUGAAUUUGCA